CACAAGACGAACGAAACCGAGGUCAAGAUAUUUCACGUGCGCGUUGUUUUUAAUUGCCUCAUUAUCUCAAAGUAAUUAAUCAAAAUGGGUAACGCAAGUGCAAAAGCUGUGGAUGUCAAAGUACCUGAGGCGCCAGUACCGGUGAACAAUGAAAAGCCGAAACUGAAACCGUGUUGUGCUUGCCCGGAAACUAAACGAGCGAGAGACUCUUGCAUAAUAGAAAAAGGUGAAGAGAACUGUGGUCCACUUAUUGAAGAACACAAAGCAUGCAUGAGGAAGAUGGGUUUCAACAUAUAAAUUCACUGUUUGGUUUAUCCUUUUGAAUUCGUCCUAAUGUUUGAAUGGUACUCUGAGAGACAUGUCGUCAGAC